CGGUGUAACAUUAUAAAGUAAGUAUUUAGUAAAUUGGUCUAUGCUCCUGCAUAGCUAAAGUAUGCCAGUGAGUUGGUAAUGAUAAUGAUACUACUACAAACUUACUGCUGCACGCUCAGGGAAAACCAAAUCAAGUUCAAGCUUUUCCCUCAAUUCUCAAAUAAUUGUCGGUAUUGGUCAGUUUUGUUUUAGUUUUUAGACUUAUCUACGUGUACAGACUCUCUUUUUCUCAAGAUGAACACGUACUGAUACGAUAUUUUGUACGUACGUACGUGAUGUACAUAAAUUAAUAAUAUAUCGAUGAGAUUUUUGUGGUUAUAUACGACAUGUAUUAUAUAAUACGAAAAAUAUUACAUAAGUACGAAUUAACGUGUCUAAAUUAGUCCUGUUAUUUGUAUGAUUUGUAUUCAUGAUAAUAGUUACAUAUGCGCAUGAUUAUGAUUGGCAAUUAAUUCCACAAAGUUGAAUAUAUGAAGAAAUGUCUGCACAUAAACUACACUUUAGUAAAACAUGGGUCCCUUAAGGGUGAUCAAACUGGUGUAAUUUAAGAUUUAAUUGAAAUUAAGAAUCGGCGAAAUGACUGGCUCGGGCAUAUGAUGGCUACCCAGGGUUUUAUGCAGUAUUAACAUUUUGAAAAAAUUACAAUAUGCAUUUGGCUGGUAGCAUUACUACUUUGGAAGUAGCAAUAAAUGUGUUACCAUAAGCGUCCAGUUUAUACAGAACUGCAUUCUUGAUUCGAGUUUCGUAUUCCUUUGGAAAUUACAAAUAAUUUCACAAUAAAAGUUAUUUAAGUUCCUUGGUGUCGUCAGCGGUAAUUAAUACACAAUGCAAUUUAAACUUUUGCAGAUUGCCACUGUACUCGUUACAGUACUUUCUCCAAUAAAUCCAUACAAAGGUGGGUUUGAAGAGGACGAUUACCAUCCACGAAGAAUUUUUAUAAAUUACGACUACGUAAAUUCAGACUAUGCUGACCCAGGGCAGCAAUGGGGAGCCCCUCCACCUCCUCCCCCACAACAGUAUCAAGCGCAAGACGUGUAUCUUCAAAGUGUGAACACCAACACCCAGUACCAAAAUGGUCCUCAAAAUAUAAAUAAUGGUGGCGGAAAUCUGGGAGGUUUCAACGGAGGAGGACAGGCUGCGCCAAGACCUGGACCUCAGCCGCCUCCCAAUUAUGGCCCAGUUCAACAUCAUCCACCCCAACCUCCAGUACAACAAGGGCAGCGCCAGCCUGCAUGGCAAGGCCCCCAGAACCAGCAGUACAAUAAUGGCCCUCCCAACAACAUAAAUAAUCCGAAUAUAAAUUACGGCCAAGCACAUCCAUUCCAGAAUCAGCAAGCAAAUAAUUUCCCCGUGCCCCCAACUCCCAAAGCAUGGCCAAACAAUAAACCCUCGGAUAGCGAACCACCUAAAGAUGACAAAAAAAAUAGUUACAAUAGUUUCAUUUUUUAUGAUCCCAAUGAGUCAAAAUCUCCUGGAUACAAGCCAACACUUCCACCGCCUCCUCCUUCAGGGUACAAAAGUUAUUGGGACUAUAAGGAAGAAAAUGCAAAAAAUUGGCAAAAUAUACUUGAUAAAGCAAACGAUAGAGUGAAAUCUAAUCCAUUUGCGCCACCAGUACCGCCUGGAAAAUAUGUCUCUGCACAGGAGCGGUAUCAACUAGAAAGAUAUCCAAUUCAGCGGAGGGAAGAUAUGGAACGGUCUGGAGAACUAGCAAUUGUUCCCCCCAACUUUUACAGAGAACCGCUCAAGUAUGUUGACAGAAAUUUCAAGUUCAUGGAAGUUGAAGAUCCAAACUCCAAGUUCAGUGAAAAGCAUUUGCAAGUCCAGCAAAACAGUAAGAAAGUACCAGAGGAUCCUACGUCAUUAAUUGAAUGGUCAAAGUUUACACGUAGUUGUUCACUAUCCUUAUCAUUCAAUGUGAACUUUGCAUCCAGCGCUAUAUUCAUAAUAAUAUAUUUUAUACUCUAGAAAUAUUAUUGUAUUGACAUAAAAUCAACCACUUGCACUUAAUGACAACUUUCACCACUGUAGCUGUGGUACGCAGUAUAUUCAAUGUCUGAUAGCAAAAAAUAGCAAUGCAAUGUUAGCGUUACAUUAAAUUAGGGCAUACAUAAAUACAUGCAUACUUAACAUGUCAACCUCAAUAAUGUAUGUGCAUAUGUUUAUUGCUCGUUUAACGAUCAAACUCUAAAGUUUAUAUCUAUUAUCAAGUAUGCUUACAUGUAUUCUAAAAUUAUAAAGAUGUAAUGGAUAUGAUUUAGUAAAGAAUGAGUACGAGAUUUGCGUUGUUCCUUCGAUUUAUUUAUUUUUAAUAAUAACUAGUCGGUUCGUUUUAAUUUCAGUCAACAAAAUUCAAACAUGCGUCAUACAUUUAAACAUAAAUACUAGUUUGUUUGCUUUAAACAGAGCAAACUGUUUUGUGGGAAGAACAGCAAUUCUGUUUUAUGUAAUUCGAAGUGCAAAAUUUGAACCCAUAUUUUUC